AUGCGCCUCUUACCUUGGCUGCUUGGUAUAGCAGCCCCCGUGUUAGGUGUGGUGCGCUAUACAGUCGACACAGAUUCAGCUGACAUCACAUGGUCCGAAGGUGGCAAUGCCAAAAUCCUCCUCGCCAGAUUGGACGCUAGAGAGCUAACUAUCUCCGAAACGGGUCGUCGCGGAUCCCAUACCUUCCGCGACUUAUCACCAGGCGCUCUGUACCGACUAGACAUCGUCCCUGAAGAUGGCGAGCGCCAAGUCAUCAAAUUCAACACGAAACCAAUUCCAGUACCAAAAGUUUCCACAUCGAAAUUUUACAGACAAGCGCCCGACAGCGAAUCGACCCAAGUUUUUGGAGCAGUUUUGUAUUGGACGCCACCAGCUGGUGCUCUCGAUGGAUAUGCCGUUUCUGUCCAGCCAAAUCACGGCGAAAUAAAAGCGCCCGUGUACCAGAAAAACGGCGAAUCCCGAACCGACAACACCCAGCCACGAAGAGUGGUCACCGGCCUCGAACCCGGCUUGGAAUACAACUUCACGAUUGAAUCGACCGCUGGAAAUGAAAAAUCCGCGCCGACGAUUUUCAACACGCGAAUCCCUCCUGAGACUCCGGGUCCAAUCGAAGUGAAAUCUGUCGACUCCCGAAGCGCCGUUUUGGACUGGCAACGCGAGCACCGCGGUUUUCUGGAUGGUUUUUACCUCGAAACAGUGCCUCCAGAGGGCGAAAUGAUUCGGCCAAAGCGAAAUACAGACAAACAGCGAGAAGUAGCGGGCCUCAAGCCGGGCAAAAAGUACACUGUCAAGGUGCACUCGACUGCUUAUGGUCUUUUGAGCUUCCGGCCUUCGGAGCGCUCGAUAAUCACCCUCCCGGAAGCGCCACUAGGAGACUUGGUCGUCAUCUCCCGUGAUCCCGUCAAUGUCACUCUAUCCUGGACGCCGCCAGAUGGCGAGGCACAAAUGUAUCAGAUUCUCUACUACCCGACCGACUCUGACGCGCGAAAGCUCAAGGAACUCUCGAUCAACUCCACCAUAACGCUCACCAAUCUCGACCCAGGAACCGAGUACAACUUCGAAAUCGAGACAAUCUCCAACGGCCUUCACUCUGACAGUAAAAGCUUCGACCCCAUCGCGACUCCACCACUUGGAAUCGAAGACCUAACUGUCAUCGACAAGGAUUUCACCAGCGUCUCCAUCGGCUGGAAUCACCCAAAACCCGACAAUGUCAAAUACGUAGUCGACUACUCUCCCAACUCUCGGAACUCAUGGCCAGUCGGUCCAUUUAUCACCACGGACACCCUUGCAGCUGUUGACGGUCUUGAACCCGGACGAACUUACGUCUUCAACGUUUACGCCGUCGCCAACAAUGUCGAAUCCGAGCCAAAGAAGAUCAAGGUUACCUUGCCUGUUCCAGACAAGCCCUCAAAAGUAGAAAUCUCUGAAGUCGCCGAUACAUCGUUCGAAAUCACCUGGGAGUCCCCCUAUGCCGAUGCCACAUUCACCGUUGAUGUCCUCAGCGUCGCAGGCGGUCACGUGGAUGGCUUCCCAAUCAGCACUAGCGAGAAAGGCUACUCUGUUGAGGGAUUGGAUCAAGGAGAAGUCUACAAGGUCACUGUUUCUACAGUCCUAGAUGGCUUCACUACUGACAAGAGCGCGAUGCAAGUCGAAACUUUCAAAAACUCAGAAGAUACCAUCCUCUUUUCAAGCAACAGUGAUGUAGAAAUGGAAGUCAUUGACGCCACUAUGAAUCAAUUCGCUAGCUACAUCCUUAACGCAAUCGACGACGAAUCCAUUUCCCUCGGAAUCAACGUCUCUCCCGAGCCGCAUUUCAUCAACAACGAUAAAUUCGCCGUACUCUCUGUUUCGAUCCACGCGAAGCCGAGCGUUCUUAGUCCGGAAAUGCUGAAUCAGUUGUUCAAGGACUGGAACGACGACCAAUCCGAGGACAGUAAAUACUUCUCCGACGUUAUUGACACGAAUUUGAACGAAUGCAAGAUGAGAAAUGCCUGUAGUGCAAAUUCAAAAUGCGUGGACAAGGAAAUACUGUACACUUGCCAGUGCAAUGAGGGAUAUCUUGACCAGACUGAUGAAGUGGUCAAUUCUGAUAAGAUUUAUACGCUGGAGGGACAAGUUUGCCUGGCGGAUUUGGAGGAUAAUUGUGUCAACACCGAUUGGAAAUUCCAACGCCAAGGAUAUGUCGUCGUGCGGCGCAAUAUGCCCGAGCUGGCCGAAUUCUCCAUGUGUUUCAAAAUGACACUCAACAGUCCAAAACUUCAAGGCACAAUCGUCAGCUACAGACACGAAGGAUCAAAGUUGCUCAUGUACCAGCAGAAGAAUCGGCUGUUUGUGAAUGUGAACGGAAAUGAGAUGUACGAGCUCGCAAGUUAUUUUCAAGAAGAUGUGGUUUACUCGAUUUGUUUGGCUGCUAAUGAUGAUUUGAUCAAACUCAUCGUCAAUGGCGAAACAAUGCAGUCACUGAAGCCUGAAAACUCCGUCAAGCUCCUUGGCGGCGGAAAAGUUCAAAUCAGCCACGAUUCAGAAUGCAACCGCAAGUGCGAGCGCAUUCGUGGCGACUUGGAUGCUAGAAUUGAGGAUUUCACAAUCUGGAGCGAGGCUAAAUCGACUGAGGAGUUGAAGAACUUCGCCGCUGGCGAGUGCUUGACGAAUGGAAUCAUGACUUUGGAAAAAGAAGCGACCAGUCUUCUCGGACCAAUGCCCGAUCGGCCGAAACAGGAAUCAGUUGAUGAUCUCUUCCACAACUUCGUGAUCGCCACGAUCUCCCCAAGUGGAUCUCCUGGCUUCGCUGACCUGGCGACUAGAAGAUGGACAACUCCUGCUUCUCCUUAUCCAACUCCUGCUAAUGAUCCCACCAAUAAUCGAUUUAUCAUUGAAACUGUAGCACCACCUGUGUACCGAGCUGAUGGCGGAGAAGACCAUGAAGAAAUAGCUCGACCAACCUACGCUCCUCUGCCCGACCAGGAGGUCUCCAUCAACAAUCUUUUCAAUACAAACGUCAACGAAAUCAUCGGCAAACCCGAAGUCAUCGACAGCAUCAAAACUCACUGCAAUCCUGACAACAUGACUAUUGUCGCAGAAAAAGCGAUGAUUGAUGAUUAUGAGAAGAAAUACGGACCUUUGGCCUUGUCUGAUCCUAGUUGUGGUCGAAGAACUCAAGGGAAGAACUACGUUUGGGAAAUAUCGCCCGAUCUCCUCGGCUGCGGAAGCACGCUCGAGCUCACUGAUACGCAUGUGACCUUUGUCAACUCGCUCUCGACGGCCAGUUCAGCAGAAGAGACUAUCACGGCAAAAGGAGGGAUCAUCUUCGGCAACCAGCUGAGCGCCCGUCAGACGACAAAAGUCUCCAUGGAAGUGUCUUGUCAAUUCCCGCUGGAUUACACCGUCACUGCUGAGUACCCGUUCUUGCCACAGAUCUCGAUGAACAUUAUCAAAUUCAACGUGACGGAUUAUGGAGAGUUCUCUGCGCUGAUGCAGCUCUUUGACACUGAUGCUUUCGAAAGACCGUUCGAAGGAAGCCCGGAAAUUGAAGAGGGAGAAUUGCUGAACGUUGGAGUUUCGUUGCUUGAUGUUACUGAUCCCAACGUUCGCGUGACCCUCCAAGAAUGCUGGGCAACUCCAGAAUCCUCCCCCGCCCACGAGCUCCGCCACGAUCUCAUCGCUGAUGCCUGUGGUGUCCCCGGCGUCCUGGACAACACAUUGGACAUCGUCUCCAAUGGCGACUCAAGAAUGGCGAAAUGGCACGGAUCCGUCUUCAAAUUUGUCGGCUACGAAAAUGUCUGGCUCCAUUGCAACAUCAAAGUCUGCUUUGCGGACAAAGCAAAGGGCUCGAAAAUGAAUAGAAAUGAGAUCGAUUCAUCUUAUUGGGAUUAA